UCCGUGCACUGACACCGACACACUCUCCAGCCGGUCGCUGUAGUAACGCGUGGGAAGCGGAGGCAGCGAGCUGCGGCUCGCUUGGACCGAUAAUUAUACCACCACCAGCCCACACACUUUUUUUUUUUUUUUUUUUGCUUGGAAAAUCAUCAGAGAUAUUACCAUCUUGACAUUGUUUGAAAUUAUAGAACUACAAGAGGAGCAUACCACAAAAGCGGGAACUUUUGGUUGCUUUUUUUUUUUACAUCGAAAAAAGAAGCCACAUUGCCCCUAUCAAGUUUGUUCGAUGCUUAAUAGGUUUCUGUGUUGUCGGCGUGGAGGCGGACACCAGAGAAGAGGCUACUCGCUGGGCAGCUGACCUGUGGAAAACAAGACGGCGGCUAAUGACACUAAGCUGCUACACUGGGGGGCGAACUUUGCGCAAGGGUGUCGCUUGGCUAGAUUGUUAGGUCCGCUCAUUCUCCUGGGAAGUGCAACUAAUUUCGCGAACCCUUUUUCGGACUGCGCUAUACUGACGUACCCGUUGCCCCCGCGAUGCCGAGCGCCAGUCUAAUCCUCCCGAGGCAGGAGCACAUAACGCCUGCGCUCUAACGUGCAGCCAGUGUGGCGCCACGGCCGAGAUGAGCACCACCGACCUGGAGCGCAUGUCGCUCAGCUCCUCGGCCAACUCGGUGGCCUCGAGUGCGCGGACGCUCUCGGCCAACGUGAAAAAGCUUCACAACGCGCUCAACCUGCUGCUAAAUGACUUCGAGAGGGAGCAGUUCAUCCACUGCCUCAAUGUCUACCACUCCAAGCGCAAUGUCUACGACUUGGUACAGACGCUCAACGUCAUCCUCAACGCACCCAGCAAACGGCAACUUCUUCCCAUGCUGCGGCUCGUCAUCCCCCGGUCUGACCAGCUCCUCUUCGAGCAAUACACCUCGGAGGGCCUCUACCUGAAAUCGGAUUUAGUUGCCAGCAACGGCACCGCCGAGCCCCCGCCGGGCCACUUCACCAGCGCCAGCCCGACUCCCCCCGCUCACUCAUCCCAAGAAAACCCGUCCGAGUUCCAGGUGGCGUUGCGCGGCUCACCGGAUAGCUUCAGCACCAGCAGCGACGGGACAGCUCCCCUAGUUCCGCUACUAGGCAGGAACUUUAUCCACGAGCCUCCGGGUGAGCUGCGGCAUGUCACCAUGAAGCGGCACAAGAGCAACGAGGGCCUGGGUUUCAGUAUCCGUGGUGGGUCGGAGCACGGAGUGGGUAUCUAUGUCUCUCUGGUGGAACCAGGGAGCCUGGCGGAGAAAGAGGGUCUCCGGAUCGGGGACCAAAUCAUGAAGGUCAACGAUAAAGUCUUUGACAAAGUCUCCCAUGCUGAAGCAGUUAAGGUGCUGAAGGGCAAUAAAAAGCUUAGCCUCUCUGUACGCUCAGUGGGAAGGAUUCCAGGCGGCUAUGUCACCAACCACGUUUAUACAUGGGUUGACCCUCUGGGCCAUAGUGUGUCGCCUCCUCCUGACCUGCCUGAACAUAGCAGUGCCACCCUCAGAAGAAGUGACAGUCAACGACGUAGCAACAUGCAGCUCCUGCAGGAGGGAGAUGAAAAGAAGGUGAACUUGGUUUUGGAUGAUGGCCGAUCCCUUGGCCUUAUGAUUCGAGGAGGAGCAGAAUAUGCUUUGGGUAUUUACAUCACUGGAGUGGAUAACGGAUCAGCUGCGGAAUGUGGAGGGCUCAAGGUUGGGGAUCAAAUCCUGGAAGUUAACGGCCGCAGUUUCUUGAACAUCCCACACGAUGAAGCCGUUAGGGUACUGAAGUCAUCGCGGCACCUGAUGAUGACGGUGAAAGAUGUGGGGCGCCUGCCUCAUGCCAGGACAGUGGUUGGUGAGACCAAGUGGAUUGCCAGCUCCCAGAUUGCAGAGAGCUCUGCAAACAGCAGUUUGGCAGGCUUCUCUGUGGACCAGAGAUCCUCCAUCCCUGGAAAGUCUGGUUUUUAUAAGGGUAUGGCCGGAUCUCAGGUGACCUUGUCUAGCUUGGUGAACCAGUCCAGAGCGAUGCUAGAAGAGCAAGCCCGUCACCUUCUGACUGAGUCGGAGCGGCAAACUAUGGGCUACUACAUGGAAGAGUACCGGGAUGGACACAUUGGGGUGGAGCAGUUGGUCAUGGCAUUAUUUGAGCUGCUCAACACACAUGCAAAGUUUUCUCUGCUGUCAGAAGUGCGAGGCCUGGUCAGCCCGCAGGACCUGGAGCGGUUUGAUGGGCUGGUGUUGCGUCAUGAAAUUCAGUCUCUCAAAGCAAGACAGGGCACACCAGGAGUGCCUACAUUCCAACCCGACUCGCUAUCCAUGGUGUCAUACCCUGACACUCUGACCUCGUCUUCGGCCAGCUACAUGACUAACACCACUUUGAGCUCUGCCCGGGAUGACAGUGUGGUGGAUGCUCAUCAGCAGGAUCCCUUGGAAAGUUUGAACACACUGCUGGCUGACAUCUCUCUGGAUGACGUACAGUCCACCACAACUGAUUCUCCCCCUUCCUUCAAGCCUCCACCCCCAUCAGGGGUGCAGAGGCGCACGAGUAGACGAGACCAGCUCAACAAAUGCCCCUCGUCCGAAUCCACACACUCGGGCUUGCACUUCACAGCCCCCACUCACCCUAAUCACAACAAAAAGCCAGGUCGCACCUCCUCAUCACCCUCACUACAUCACAAACAAGAUCCUCCAUUGUUGCCUACCGGGAACUAUGCAGCCUUCCGAAAGAAAGAACUCUUAGCACCUUCCAGGAGAGAACACAAAAUACCCACUCAAUUUUCCAAGGUUGCCCAACAGAGUAUUGGCCCUUUUCCACGCGUCCAGUCCCCGAGCAGGGGCCCCAAACUUGCUGACGCAUUUCCUUCACCGCCACCUCCGCCCCCACUACCCGCACCUCCCCCACCUCCUGCUCUUCCCCUUAAACCAGCUGCCAUGUCCAAAGCCACCUCUCCAGGCUCUAAGCAACAGUUUGUCACAGUGGAGGUUCACAGGCCCAACGCAGAGCCCGACGUCAAUGAGGUGCGGCCGCUGCCCCAAGCGAGAGGUGGCGCCCUGUCUCAGCUGUCAGAUAGUGGCCAGACUCUCAGUGAGGACAGCGGUGUGGACAUAGCUGAGUCAGGACACAUCACCAAAGACAGCACCUCCCAUUCCUCAUGCACACGACACCCUCAAGACACCCAGGGGGGCGGGGGGGACAACCCCACCAAACCGCCAGGGCUCUUGGAGCCCACCUCAACUCUGGUGAAGGUGGCAAAGACUGCAAGUACGUUGGGCAUCGCCAUUGAAGGAGGAGCCAACACUCGACAGCCAUUACCACGAAUUGUCACAAUACAGCGGGGUGGUUCAGCUCACAACUGUGGUCAGCUGAAGGUGGGUCAGGUGAUCCUGGAAGUAAAUGGGGUCUCCCUGAGGGGCCGUGAGCACAAGGACGCCGCACGCCUCAUCGCUGAGGCCUUCAAGACCAAAGAGAGGGACCACGUGGACUUUCUGGUGACUGAGUUCAAUGUAGCGCUUUAGCUGAUUUGGAGAUGAGUAGGGAUAGAAGGACAAAAGGGGAAGAGGAUAUUUUCAUUUUUAAAUGGCACAACGCUUUAGUGGUGGACUCAAAGGAAACUGGUCCAUUACAUAACGUAAUUUCUACCAUGUACCUGUUUGCGAUUCUUUUCAACAUGUUACCUCUCUGUUGUGAGACCAUAUGCACUACAGUAGAAAAUAGCAAAGCCUAUGUAACCUUUAUUUUGCUCUCUUAACAAUGAAAUGAAUAGAUUGGCCACCAUUUAAAAUAUAUUGCACUCGUCUGAGAUACUGCAGGCAGUUUAUUUUGUUAGUUCUUGGCUACUGCACCUGAUAAGACUGGUCCUCUUCAGCUUUCCUAGUUGGAAUUUUUAUACGGACAGAUGAAUAAAUAUAGAUGUAUAUACUCUAUACUGUACAAACUAUAAGAUCUCUAUAUGAAAUAUAAACCUGUGGAAAGUUUCAUCUACAAUUACACGUCUACAAAUACACAUAUUUAUAAAAUAUGAAUCGGAGCAGCUCACAUUUGUCAGAAAAAUGUCCGUUUUCUUAAUUUAAGUAUCAAAU